UUCGAGAUUUUUAUCCCCUUUUCAGUUUCAGCAAAAUUCUAUUCGGAUUCAAUCGAUGGUAGAAGUUACUCUCAAGGCCGAGAUCACGCACCCAAUCCCUAAGGCCAGGUUGGUCGGGGCUUUUCUAGGAGCGGGUGGCUUCUUCCCCUAUAACCUCCUGCCAGCCGUCACAAAUGCUGACAUCCAGGAGGCAAUCUUUAUCGAAGGCAGACAGCGCAGGACGGUGAGGCACACGGUUAAAGCACAGGACCAGCAGCCCUUCCUCUACAACCACUCGACCAUCGAUCGGGAUGAGCUGGGCGGAAUCUCCAAGGAGAUCAGCCAUGAGGUGAAGAUCACCGCGUUGCCCCUGGAGGGUGGCUCGGUCUGUAAGUACGCGGGCAGGUACUUCACUGUCGGCCCAGGGGAUAUCCCCGAGGAGGAGAUGAUGAGGGCCAUGAGAGGGAAGGCGUCCGUGAUGUUCGAUGCCAUUGAGGCUUAUCUGGAGACGCCAUCAGACGAAGUCCUGUUCGAGUAAGUUCUCGGCCAAGGGGAUAUCACCGAGGAGGAGAUGAUCAGCGCCUUGAGGCAGGAGACUGCUAGUCCUGUUCGAGUCAGCGCUAGUUGAGUACUGUUUUUGUUGUCGUCGAGGGAGUGCGUUCGUCUUUGUCUCUUCGCGAAUAUGAUGGUGGUUCUGGUAAAUGUUUUGCAAAAUUGCUGUAUUUGCUUCGUUGGCAAGCCCGGAUGAAGUGUUUUUGGAGUAACCUUUCGUCCGAUGUGGUCCUCAAUUGAAUGAUGGACGUAGCGUGCGGCCCCCGUUUUCUCUUUCUUUUUAAUUUUUUUUUUCUUUUGGUCUAGAUAGUUGCGUGUGCCCCCCUCUGAGUUUGAUGCACAUACAGCCUAAUUUGGAUCGGGACGCAUUGAAGCCCUGCAAAACUGAAUACAGCAACCAUUUUCGCUUCUCCUUUU